AUGUCAGGAGAGGAGGCGCGGCACCUCUACAUCUGCGACUUCCACAAGAACUUGAUCCAGAGCGUGAGGAACCGGCGAAAGCGGAAAGGCAGCGAUGACGACGGCGACUCGCCCGUGCAGGACAUCGACACUCCGGAGGUUGAUCUGUAUCAGUUACAAGUAAACACACUUCGAAGGUACAAAAGACACUUCAAGCUACAGACCAGACCAGGACUUAACAAAGCACAGCUCGUUGAAAUAAUUGGCUGCCAUUUUAGGACAAUUCCAGUGAAUGAAAAGGACACCUUAACAUAUUUCAUCUACUCGGUGAAGAAUGACAAGAACAAACCAGAUCUAAAGAUGGAUAGUGGGGUCCAUUAGCCAGAAAAGCUUGGGACUGAGACUCAGGCUCCAGAUCAAAAGACUGAGGGUUUUUGUUGAUAUGCAAAAGCUUUCUUUGUACCUUUUUCUCCCAGAGAACUGUCUCUUAUUUUUCAUAAUCUUGAUGAUUUAUUUGAAAGCCACCUCCUCUGAAACAAUUUCCUCAGCAAAAGUAUUUUAAAUAAAUAUCACUGAUAUGGUUGCUCAA